AUGGAAUGUCAGAAGGGAAUAGACCUUGAGAUCCGGAAUGACAGGCCUACCCAAAUCUACCAUUCUCUUCUCCUCCUUCGCGUGCCUCCUCCUUCAGACUACAUGAGCCUCAUCCCUGAUGAAACCCCUCUCGGAGCUGUUUGUAUGCCCGGCACACAUGAAAGUUGUGCUCUAUAUGGCUAUCCAAUCAGUCAAUGCCAGCAACCUGUCACUUCAAUCUCUCGCCAACUUGAAGAUGGAAUCCGUUUCCUGGACGUACGGUUGAGAGUAGUGGGCGACACUCUGCUUACUUAUCAUGGUCCUAGACCACAACGCUCUUCCUUCGACCAGAUCCUCAAUAGCGUCCACACAUUCCUUGACGCUCAUCCCACCGAGACGUUGAUCCUGUGUAUCAAGGAGGAAGCUCCGCCAUUCAAUGCUCGGUUCUCCUCUCUAGUCUACGACAAUCUGAGACCAUAUCUACAUCUUUGGUUCUUAGAACAACGGAUUCCUUCUUUAGGGGAAGUGCGAGGGAAGGCCAUUCUCUUCAGCCGGUUUGAGCGAAAGGAAGAUUCCGAGUCAAAAGCCUGGCCAGAUGGAAUGGGGAUACAUCCCACCACUUGGCCAGAUUCUCGCAAAGAGGGCUUCGAGUGGGAUUGUGGGGGAACGCCGGUGAAAAUAGAGGACUGGUAUAGGUUGUCGUCGUUUUUAGAGAUACCAGAGAAGUUCCAGACGGUUACUAACAUUCAGUUGAAAGAUCGCCUGGAAGCCAGUGGUGAUCACCAAACCACCACGCCCUUCACAUUAGCUUAUGCGUCCGCGUCUUCAUUCCCUCUCGCCUUGCCCACCACCAUCGCUAAAGGCUUCGGAUUUCCAAAGUGGGGUCUGGGAGUGGAAGGGGUAAAUAGCAGGCUGUACAGGUGGUUGUUGCAACAAUUAGCGGCGGGCAAGAAGGUGCGGGCAUGUGUGAUGCUCGACUUCUACCGAGAUGGCUGGGAUCUAGCAGGUUUACUCAUCGCCAUGAAUUUCAUUGACACAUGA